UUAAAUUGCUAAUUGCAAUUAUCCGCCGAUUCAAUUGUUGCUACGAUUAGCCUGUACAUCUAUAAUUUUACGCUCUUCGCGCUAGUCUGCGAAUAUUCUGCCAAUUCUUAAAGUACACAGCUGAGCUAGAGAUGUCGCGCAAAAAUGUCUUGAACUUGAUCAAUACGAUCGUGGCCAAUUCCUGCAAGUGCCCCGCCCACUCAAAUAACUAUGGAUCGGCAGCAGCCACGGGGAUCCAGACGGGACAAAAGGAAUACGCCUUCGAGAUGUCUGCAUCGACGGUGCGCUUUGGACCUGGUGUGAGUGCUGAGGUUGGCGCAGAUUUGCGAAAUUUGGGCGCCAAGAAGGUCUGUCUUGUCACGGAUAAGAAUGUUGCUAAGCUGGCUUCCGUCAAGGUGGCCUUGGACUCCCUCGCCCGCCAUGGCAUAAACUACGAGGUGUACGAAGAGACGCGCGUGGAGCCAACCGAUGCCAGCAUGUGGCAUGCCGCGAAGUAUGCGCGUCAGAACGAAUUCGAUGCAUUCCUCGCCAUUGGCGGCGGCUCCGCCAUGGACACGGCCAAGGCAGCCAAUCUGUUCAGCAGCGAUCGCGAGGCAGAGUUUCUGGACUAUGUCAACUGUCCGAUUGGCAAGGGAAAGGAGAUAUCGGUGAAGUUGAAGCCCUUGAUCGCCAUGCCCACCACCUCGGGAACUGGCUCCGAAACCACUGGCGUGGCCAUCUUCGACUAUAAGCGAUUGCACGCCAAGACUGGAAUCUCCAGCAAAUAUCUCAAGCCGACUCUGGCCAUUAUCGAUCCCCUGCACACGCUCUCGCAGCCCGAACGGGUAAUGGCGUUUGCGGGCUUCGAUGUAUUCUGCCAUGCCUUGGAGAGCUUCACGGCAGUGGAUUACCGCGAGCGAGGGCCAGCGCCGAGUGAUCCCAGUCUGCGACCCACCUAUCAGGGAAGGAAUCCUGUUUCCGAUGUGUGGGCGCGAUUCGCCCUCGAGACGAUACGCAAGAACUUCAUAGAUGCCAUCUACCAGCCGGAGAAUUUGGAGGCUCGAUCCCAGAUGCAUCUGGCCUCGACAAUGGCCGGCGUGGGUUUUGGCAACGCUGGAGUGCAUCUCUGUCACGGACUCUCCUAUCCCAUUUCGGGAAAUGUGAGGGACUACAAGCCCGCUGGCUACCUGGCCGAACAUGCGCUCAUACCGCAUGGCCUCUCCGUUGUGAUAAGUGCACCGGCGGUCUUUGAGUUCACUGCGCCCGCUUGCCCAGACCGUCAUCUGGAGGCGGCCAAGCUACUGGGCGCCAAGGUAGACGGCGUUAAGGCCGCAGAUGCCGGUCGCCUUUUGGCGGACACUGUACGAGGCUUUAUGCAACGCGCUGGCAUUGAAAAUGGCCUCCGCGAACUCGGCUUCUCUAGCAGCGAUGUGCCCAGUCUGGUCGCGGGCACCCUGCCCCAGGAACGGAUCACUAAACUAGCCCCGCGGGCACAGACCCACGAGAACUUGGCCCAACUCUUUGAGAAUUCCAUGGUGGCGUAUUAAAUGAAUGUGCUCGGCACUUACCCACACGCUUGGUCUGUUCGCUUGAAGAAAAAGUGUGAAACUAACGGAUCCAUGCAGCCAAGCUGGUCCCACUGCAGACAGAAGAAGCUUUCAAGCAUACAUACAUACAUACAUAUGUAAGUGCAUCCCCAUUUAUAGUAUAUCUUUGUAUAUCAGAAAAUACCACAAUCAGAAAACAAUCACAGAAAUCUUUUAGCAUUGAAUUCGAUCGAUCGUAUUUCUCCACUCUCAUUGCACCUGAGCUUUGACUCAACGAGCAGUAUUUGUCUGUAUAUUUUUGUGCCUGUUUUUUUUUAUUUUAAUGGGUCAUUCAGAGAAACUGGGAGCAGCUCGAUUUUCCAUUCUGAAGAGCGAGUUUUCGUAUAUUUAUGUGAAAUAUUAUAAUUUUGAAAAUG